AUAAAGUGAAAAAUAGAAUUGGAAUUAUUUGAAACAGAGAGAAAGAUGAAUCAACAAUUCUUCUUCUUAUUAUUAUUAUAAUAUUGUUUAAUUCUUCUUCUUCUUCUUCUUCUGAUGUUUGACAAAUUUGAAGAUUGUGAUCGGCGAAUUCAAUGAGUACAAUGGAGGGGACGAUGGAUCAAACCGUAUUAGAUGAUAUUAUACGUAGGCUUCUUGAAGGUAAAGGAUCCAAACAGGUUCAGCUCUCUGAAAGCGAGAUCCGCCAACUUUGUGUUAAUGCUCGUCAAAUCUUCCUUUCUCAACCCAACCUUCUUGAGCUCCGCGCCCCCAUUCGUAUCUGUGGUGAUAUACAUGGACAAUAUCAAGAUCUCUUGAGGCUAUUUGAGUUUGGCGGUUACCCACCUGCUGCAAACUACCUAUUCCUCGGGGAUUAUGUAGAUAGGGGAAAGCAAAGUUUGGAAACAAUAUGUUUACUAUUGGCUUACAAGAUCAAAUAUCCUAACAAGGUGAAUCUUCUAAGGGGAAAUCAUGAAGAUGCAAAAAUAAACAGGAUAUAUGGAUUUUAUGAUGAAUGUAAGAGAAGAUUCAAUGUUAGGCUAUGGAAGAUAUUCACAGAUUGCUUCAAUUGUUUGCCUGUAGCUGCACUUGUUGAUGAUAAGAUUCUUUGCAUGCAUGGAGGUCUAUCUCCAGAGCUACAUACUAUAAAUCAGAUCAAAGAACUUCCUAGACCUACGGAAAUUCCAGAUGGUGGUCUUCUUUGUGAUUUGUUGUGGUCUGAUCCUCAUCCUAAAAUUGAUGGUUGGUCUGAUAGUGAUCGAGGAGUUUCAUGCACGUUUGGUGCUGAUAUUGUUGCUGAAUUUCUUGAUAAGAAUGAUUUGGAUCUUAUUUGCCGCGGUCACCAGGUGGUUGAGGAUGGAUAUGAGUUUUUCGCGGAAAGAAGGCUAGUGACCAUAUUUUCGGCUCCAAACUACGGUGGAGAAUUUGAUAACGUUGGGGCGCUAUUGAGCGUAGACGAGUCGUUAGUUUGCGCAUUUCAGAUACUCAAAGCAGAUGUGAAGCCAGGCACAAGUUCUAAGCCUCUUAAGAAGCCUCCAAAAAUUGGGAAGGCCUAAACAUGUUAUAUUAGGAAGGAAGGAAAAGCACAACAGUACCUCCACAAUCCCUUGAAGAAAUUACCUUAGAAAAUAUAUAUAAGUAAGAAUUUCACCCCUUUAAAAUAACUUGUCGCGAUGAUUUGUAUCUUAUCUGAUGUAUUAAUUUCUCCUUUUCGAUUUGCUCUUGAUUUUCAAUUUAUCAUUACUAACUUUUCAAUUUUUGUUCAAGUAUAAUUGUAAA